GAGACGCAGUCACCGGCUGCACCACGUCUUGGAGGCACCACGUCCUGUGUCACCUCCUCCUGUGUACACAAACAGCUUUACGCGAGUGUGGAUUCGUCAAAUUUGCCGUUUGAUCUCUCUGUCGCGAAAAUCCCGAACGACGUCGGAAAAACGAUCGUGAACGAUGAAUCGAACUUGGACGUCAUUGAUUUGAAUGAACUCAUCCCGGAAAAGAACUUGGAAGAGAACUUCGUUGUUGAACUUGGAAGUAAUAAUUUUCGAAUUGGCAACUCCAAUUGAGAGAUAGGACAAAUUGGAGUUAAAACAAGCUGGUGUUCAGUGGACAGUGAAGUAUGUUUCGCAAAAUUGACAGUGCCGCUUUCGAAUGAAAUGAUGACAUUACGGAGAUUGUAAAAAAAGACUAGAGUGGAUGAGAAGUGUGUACAUAUUAUAUUGGCCUCUGAAAAGAUAAAUGAUCGGUGUGACUGUUUGUACAAAGCACGUAGAUAAAGAUUUCUAAAUUGAUCCGAAUUGUUAUCUUAGAUAAAGAAAGACAAAUAUAUAUAACGAAACAUAUAAAUUCUUCGAAAAUUUCCAAUUUAUUUAGUUUGAAAUUAAAAAAAUUUUGUAUCGUUCGAUAUCUGAAUUCCUCGCGUUAUCCACGCCCGUAGAAACCAAAAUUCCUGUUAAUUGUAUCGCGUAAUUAAACUCUGCAAGAUUUUCUGCAAAAUAUUUUUUUUUUAAUGUGACAUCUUUCAGCGUUUUGACCGAAAACUCUUUGUGAGCGAAAUGCGAAUUCGUGCGAAUGAACGAGGACUUCUUCGGAAAAAGAGAUAAUUUCUGGUACUUGUAGCGAUCUUAAGGAGAUUGACGGGUGGGACGCAGAACGCAGUGAUUCGUCGCGGUAGUUCUCCCGAAUUUUGGAUUUCUGACUCGGGAAAUGUGUACUCGCAAGUAAAAUCCAGCAAAUACAAAACUAAUCUCAUUGAAAGAGAGAGAGAAAGAAAGAGAAAAAGAUGGUUUGCAAUAUGAUACCUCACCGCGAGAAGAUCUCGUGACACAGAUCGCGCAUCAAAUUUUCGCGCGAGAUCGCAACAUUUUUGUGUGCGCGCGAGUUCGAACGUUUGAUAUUCCGUUUCGUCUGCGAGAGAAGAAACUCGAAUCCUUUCAUUAGCAAAACCGUGGAAAGAGAAGGGAAAAGUGAAAAGUGGCACGGAAUCGUGCGCCACUAACAAUUAGACACACACGAGAGAGAGAAGAGACUGUAUAAUUAUACGCGCGUACGCGGGUCUCAUGUCGUCGAGCGCUAACGGGAAGUCGAGCUUUUGACAGGACAAAUUGCCAGAACGGGACGACGAUGUCGAGCGCCGACUGAUAACACAUGCCGUGGUGGUAGCAGCUCUCGGGGAGGAUGUUCCACGGGGGUGGGAGCGGCGGGUACGGCGCAGGAUCCGAUUACCAACAGCAAUCUCAGCAGCAGCAGCAGCAACACGGACAGCAACUCCAAGCGCCCGUUUACGUUCCCUCGUCCAGACCGGCUAUACCGUCCGCAGCCACGGCGCAGUACCAUUCCUUUCCUACUUCACCCUCGCCCGCAUGGGAGAAAACGGCAUCCUGGCAGCACGGGGUGGAGACGUACGCGGCGCAUCACGCGCUCGCCGGCCACACGAGCGGCACCGCGGCGGCGAUGGGCCCGCACGCCGGACCCGGUCAUCCGCACGCGGCCCAUCCGCACGCGGCGCAUCCGCACUCGACCGCGCUUGCGGCCGCGCCGUUUUACGCCCAGAACGUGAUGAUGUCCUCCUGGCGUUACGACAGCGCCGGCUUUCAGCGCGCGUCGUAUGACACGAUGGACUUCCAGUUCGGCGAGGGUCGCGAGUGCGUGAAUUGCGGCGCGAUAUCGACGCCGCUCUGGCGAAGGGACGGCACCGGUCAUUAUCUCUGCAACGCGUGCGGACUUUAUCACAAGAUGAACGGCAUGAACAGACCGCUCAUCAAACCUUCGAAACGACUGAUGUCGGAAUUUCAGACCGCCACGAGACGAAUCGGACUUUGCUGCACGAACUGCGGCACCCGCACCACCACCCUGUGGAGGCGCAAUAACGAGGGCGAGCCGGUGUGCAACGCGUGCGGAUUGUACUUCAAACUGCACGGGGUAAACAGGCCGCUGGCCAUGCGAAAGGACGGGAUACAGACGAGAAAAAGAAAACCGAAGAAGACACCGGAACCGAGCACCAGAUCGUCCGCGGAUCACGAGACCGCUACCUCGACAACAUCGUCUCCGUCCACGGACUUGAAGAGCAAUCAACAACAGCAGCAGCAGCAGCAGCAGCAGCAGCAUCAGAUCGAGGUGUCGAAGUCGUCGACCUCGUCCACCGACAGACCCGUUUAUCUCGGGCACACUCCUCUCCUGGCAACCGGAAGUGUGCCCACCGUGAAAACGGAACCGCGAAGCUGCGACGGCAUCGUCGGCCAGUCCUACUCGUCCUAUUAUCAGCAUCCUCAUCAGCUCGCCGCCGCCAGUGAGCAUCAGCAACAGGGUUACUACGGCGCCCAGGAGGCGUCCUAUCAUCAUCAGCAUCACGUCACCACGGCGGCGAAAUUACUCGCGUCCUCGUAAUCGGGCUCACUCGAAAUCGCCAUUACUCGCGUCUCGAAUCCGGACGCGCCGUCGGAGAGAAGACUUGUCUCUCUCUCUCGCUCUCUCGUAGAUCUCGUCGGCGUGUGAGACUUGUGUGUUCAACGACGUUCGUGAAGAAAAAUCUCACUGAAGAUCUUCACAUAUUUUCGAACGAGUCGCAAUCACAUCACAUUCUGGAAGAAGAGCGAGGAGAACAACGAAGAAGAAAAUCUUCUCCAGGGUGAGACUAGUCAGAUCAGCGCAAAUAAUUAUUUCAAAAUUUCCGCGGACUAACUUUAGCGAUUUAGGAGUUGGAAAUACGCGUGUUUUUUUUGUUUUUUUUUUGCGAAGAUCCAAGAUAGAGUUAAUUAUUUCCGAAGAAAAUAAUUAAUAUCCGAGAUGUGAUCGCAUUUGCAAGAAAAAAAAAAAAACAAAACUAACUCUUGAAUAUUUUUUUAAACGAACUUGGCAAGAGAUGGAAUCUCUCAUCGACGUGUCUCGAAAGAUUUCAAGUUUUUGACCGUUUUUUGUUAAGAUACAUGUUCGUAAUCGUAUCUCAAUUCGUAGGAGAGAGAGUUGGAUCUCUAGUCAAUGACAGGGAUUGUAAAAAAAAAAAAAAAAUUUAUGAAGAAGAACGACGCGCCAACGUGUUGGUUGAUGGUUCGUUCGGCGAUGAUCGAAAUCGCGAAAUAAGAAACGGGAGAAGGGAAAAGUUACAUAUUAUACAUAAACUCUCUAUUCGCACGAGACGCGAUAUAUAUUUGCAUAUACUUUUAUAUACAAUAAAAAAAAAAAAAACCACGCGCCUUUUUUCGCGUCUCUCUAUUCGAAUAUCCGUGUAAAUAGCCGAAUUAAACACGUGUAUUAAAAAAAGAUUUAAUUUACUGCGAUAUAUAUUAUAUAGUGCGAGAGUAUGCGCUUCUUGGUUUGAGAGAGAGGAAACGCGCGCGAAGAUGAGAGAAAGAGGAAAAUCCGGCGAGACUCGUGCGUGCAAUUAAUAGAAAUGCGCGAGUUUUGCAAUUUUAAGAAAUGACGCGUCGCGAAUGCGAAAAGAAGCGACGCCGUUGUUUACUUACAGAAAAUUGAAAUUUUCCUCACCCACCAAACGCCGAUUAUUCAGCGCACUGUACGUUUUUUUUGUUUUUUGUUUUUUUAUUACACACAGCGAACGCUGCACGCACGCAGAAUAAAAUUGUAAAUAAUCCCCGUGGCAACAUUAGAAAUAGAUCUCAUUUGUUUUCGCGGCGACUUUAUUGUUUUCGUCGAGAUGUUCCAAAAGAAAUGUCGGGUUUUCGGAUAGCGUCAAUUGUUUUUCCAAUACUUGAUUCGCGUUUUAUUGACAGAAAGAACUUGGUUCGCGCGAAAAAAAAAAUUUACGCUCGCUAAAUCUUCGAUCGAAACAAAUUCGACAUUUAUUGCGGACCAACUCAAUAUUUAAAAAAAAUAUUUAUAAAACAUGUACGUGUAUAUUGCGAUAUUGCUGGACAAAAAAGACAAUGGUGUGCUAAAUCCGAAAAAUGUGUGUAUGUACUUGAAUCACUUUUGAACCAUUUUUGUCAAAUGGCCGAAAAUUUUGUUACUGUGUACGUAAAUAAAAUCGUAAAGAGCGCAAUAGAGACGCGCAGAGUUUUUUUAAGUCGCUAAAGUAAAGCCGAGGGGGGCGCGAUAGUAUUAUCAGAUCGUAACAGUAUAACAUACACACACACACACACACCAACACGUGCGCGCGCACGAAUAUGACUGGACUUCACUUCGGAAGGAAGUGUCUCUAAAGAGCCAUUCUUAUAAUUUAUUGAUUCAAGGCUUGAAGAGCCGUCACGAUUCUUUUCCCCGACGACCGUACGUUUAGUUAAUCUUUGUGUAUAGUUCCUGUAAUAACUACUUUUUAUUUGUAUAAACUACUUUUAUCUGUCUCGAUUUUUUAUUUGUAUAAAAACUACUUUUAUUUGUGUCAUAUAUAAUGCGCAAUAAAUAAUUUUACCCUCACUUAAGUGAAAACAAAUUGUAUUUUUUGUUUGUUGAAGA